CUGAAAAUAGGAUGAGUGUGUCUCUAUGCAUAUAAAGAUCUUUCUUUCAGUGACCCUCGAAGCUGCACAGCAUAUUCCCCGCUCUUGAACAGAACGAACCUGUCAAAAUAGAAGUGAAUCAUCAUCAUGGCUGCCGUCGAGCUUCUCACGACUAACAUAAAUGUCUACGAAGACCGGGCGCGACAUCCCGAAGAUGCCGUUCAAAAUGACGAUGAAGAGCAGGAAGAAGCCUUCAGUUGCAGUCGCUUUCUUUCUGUUAAGAUGCUUUUAGUUGCUUUGCGUGGGUCGUAUAAUACAUCAUAAUUGAUGCUAUUCUUAGGUGACAUUUUUGUUCUUCUUGUUCUCGGCGGUUCUGACCAAAACUUUGAAAAUUCUUUUUACUGAUCUAAAUUAUAAUGCUAAUAACUAGCCCAUGUGUCAGUCUAUGCUGAAUUCUCAUUUUGUGACAUAGCAAGCAAAAGCAUCUUUGUCUUACAUUCUAAUCCCAUCCUCGGUCCCGGAUUUAUGGUCUGCCUGGCAGACACUGAUGGUCCAUGCCUCAUCACAGCAGCGGCGAGUGGGGCUGAGUACGGCUACUCCCUCGUCCUCUGUCAAAUCGUCCUCAUUCCGAUUCUGUAUUUAUGACGUUAUAAAGGAAACCGAGUACUACUACUGCUUACUCUGAGUCCUGGCGCUUCUACAACUCAUGCGACUCUGACCGCUCCUACAACUUGCAGACCUUGUUACUACUUCACUCCAAGAGAUUACAACUGCAACUUCUGCUGCUAGAAUCGAUAUGGAACUUCAUUGUUUCCCUAGUUUGGGUGACUCUGCCCGCAGAAACAAACUCGUCUAAUGAGUGCUGCGCAGGAACUAACGGUGCGUCUGUCCCUCACGACGCGCAAAGGCCUAACAGAGCUGAUUCGCAUCCAUUUCGGACCCAAUUGGGCGCUCUUCGCUUGCGUUGUCCUCGUCAUCACGUGUGUACUUAAUAAUGUUUAUUUGCUCAGCUUGUUCUUGAAAAAGUAAAAUUUGUCAUUGGAGGUGACGCUGCCGCCAGCGGAUCUGAAUGAAUUUCAUAGAUCAUUGAUUAAUUCUCUCUGUCUCUCAUUUGCCCCUCGUCCACGAAGCAGCGGGAAGGCAUCAGCGCUCUUUUUCUCAGGUCGCGGCUAUGAUCAGCGAGAUAAGUUGCAUCGUCCAAAUCGGCAAGCUCUUCGAUAUUCCACCUAUAGUGUUAAGAGUUGUGACAGUACAUGUUCAUAUUGAAUAUUAAUAGUAGUACAAAUUUUAGUACAUCAAUUAUUGGAUAUCGAUUACACUUACAGUACAUCAAGAGCAAGACAUUCCAGCUAUACUUUUAAGAAUGACCACCAAGACUUCUAUCUCCCUGCGUGUGUUUGGUCAAGCCCACGACCACAAAUAGGUAUCUCUUCUAAUAUCAUCCGCAGUUCUAGUGAUCAUCGUCCUGUUGGCGAUCGUGUGGAGCAAUCGCUUUCGCGAGGUUGAGGUUAUUGGCGUCGCCAUGGGAUCCUGCCAGCUUCUAUUUCUUAUUUUAAGGCUAGCUCUAGUUCUUGUUACUAGGUUCUGCACUUAUUCACCAUAAGGAAGCAAGGGAUUAUUUAUAGAGUUCGUUGCUCGAGUACUUCAUCAUUCAUUAUUGAAGGUUUCCUGUUGCCAAACUUGAACGUUCUUGUCACAAAUACGGUCUCCAUCCACCUCUAACAAGUGUCAUGUUUAUGGUGCGGCCUCAAGUUUUUGGAAGUGGAGGCCUCAUAUACGGUCUGGCGGAAUUCCAUUUCGAUGAUUCUGGAUGGGUUCAACUCCUUGCCGCGAACAUAGGCGCAGUAAUCAUGCCAUGGAUGCUGUUUUAUCAGCAGAGCGCAAGUUGUGAACGGAAGCUGACCCCAAAAGAUAUGACAUACGCAAGAGCGGACACGGUACAACCACUAUAGAUGUGACGUACGCAAGAGCGGACAUGGUACAACAACUACUUAAGAUAUGACGUACGCAAGAGCGGACACGGUACAACUACUAUAGAUAUGACGUACGCAAGAGCGGACACGGUACAACUACUAUAGAUAUGACAUACGCAAGGGCGGACACGGUACAACUGCUAUAGAUAUGACAUACGCAAGAGCGGACAUGGUACAAUUCCUCUAGUAGCUCCAUCCUAGUCCACCUAGUCGUAUCCGUCUUCAUGCAUGAGAAUCAUGAGGCCUGGCCAUCUACCCUAGUAAGUUGCAGAUUCUUAGCUUCACCUUCCGGGAUUCCACCAUCUUUCCCAUCAGAAACGUCUGAUCUCCAUGACGGUCAUUCCUGCCAUUAUUAAAAACGUAACCCCCAACUACAUCAAGAACAUCUUCUUCGUACCUCCACGACUUCUUCGCGACUUUCCUUCUAGGUGA